AUGGCGUCCAGGGGUGGUGGAUCCAUAGGCCGAGGUGCAGGCAGGGCUCAGGGCAGCGCACCGGGAUCUCCACCACGACCUAUGCAGGGGCGAGUAGGGGAUGGACCGGGUGGAGCCGGCGCGAUCUUCGUUGGGGGGUUGCUUACCGUACCGGCGCCGACCUCUCGUCGCUCUUUCCGUUACGACGGCCCUCGGCCCCCUCCUUCGGGGCAGACGCCGACACAGCCGGAGAGCGGCAGUGAGGAGGAGGAUGAGGAGGAGGAUGGUGAGGGCGAGAAGGAGGAGAACACUGAGGGGAGCGGGGAUGACAGCGAGGCGGCGUGGGACCCAGAGACGCAUGGCGGUGGGGAGGGGGGAGAUGAUGAUGAUGAAGACCACGAGAUGGAUGGGUUGGAGCCAGAGGGGCGGGAGGAGGAGGUGGGAGAGGGUGGUGGAAGGGCGGCGACAGAGGCGGGAUCACAGCAUGUGCGUGAAGGGGGGGGGAGCGUGGGGGUUAAGGUGGGAGGGGGAAAGGCCGUGACCAUUAGGGAGCCGAAGCAGAGGAAGAAAGCGAACAAGUUGAGAGAGCGGGCGUAUCCCUGCACGUUCACUGGGGAGCCCUUGGGCGAGGGUGUGAUUCCACCCGAGUUCCUAGACGAGGACGGAGGAUCCGAGAGGGGCUACAAGGGAGUGCCGGAUGGCUACGUCUAUCAGUGGCCACAUGCCAAGACUUGGCCGCAGCUCGCCAAGGGGAAAGCGAUGGCAACUGGUGGAGGUGAUGGGUCAGGAGGGAUCGAGCGGUGGAUGACAGCAAAACUGACCUCGGUGCAGCUACGGCAGGCGAUCACGAAGCUGGUGGUCACCUGCGACCUCCCCUUCCGCAUCGUCGAGGCCGAGGCUUUUCGUGAGCUACUCAUCCUGUUGAACCGCAACUGCGCGCAAAAAAACUUCAUCCCCUCGCGCUGGACGGUUUCCCGCGACACAGUGGUCUAUUCGGCUGCUGCUCUUCAGUCAGCCAUCGCGGAGAUGCUGGCGAAGGAGGGGGAGCUGGGGUGCAGGGUGUCGUUCACCAUCGACAUGUGGACGUCACCCAACAACAGGGCGUGGCUGGUGGUAACGGGUCACUGGAUCGACGAGGGUUACCAGCUGCGCACAAUGGUGUUUGAAUUCCGGGAAAUUCACGGGCGGCACACGGGCAAGCAGAUGGCGAGGGUGGUUGAGGACACGGUGGUGCAGUGGGGGUUGGAGACGCGUUGUCUUGGGUUCACCUCAGACAACGCCUCUAGCAACACUGCCGCUUUCAGGUGGAUGUCGGAGGAGGGUGGUGGCCAGUGCUUCUUCAACUCGCGCAUGCACUUCCGGCGGCACUCGCUGUGA